AUGGCUUCCUUUAACCCAACCCAGAUUUUUGAAGAUGGUACGACCGAGGAGAAGGGAGAGAACGCUCGUCUCUCUGCUUUUGUUGGUGCUAUCGCAGUUGGAGACUUAGGUAAUUUGAACCCCUCCCAUGAAGCUUUGAAAUACAAUUUGCUGAACGCCUCUGUAGUCAAAUCAACUUUAGGACCAAAGGGAAUGGAUAAGAUUCUCCAGAGCGCAAGCACCGGCGAAAUCUUAGUCACAAACGACGGUGCUACUAUCCUCAAAGCUAUCGCCUUAGAUAACGCAGCUGCCAAAGUUCUUGUCAACAUUUCUAAAGUUCAGGACGACGAGGUCGGAGACGGAACCACUUCUGUUACAGUAUUAGCUGCAGAGCUUCUGCGAGAGGCCGAGAAGCUGGUUGACAAAAAGAUACACCCGCAGACCAUUAUCGAAGGUUAUAGAAUAGCAAGCCAGGCGGCCCUUGCAGCGUUGGAGAAGUCGGCGGUGGACCAUAGCAGCAAUGCCGACGCUUUCAGAAAAGAUUUGUUAGCCAUCGCACGCACGACUUUAAGCUCUAAGGUCCUCUCGCAAGACCGAUAUCAGUUUGCAGAACUGGCUGUUGAUGCAGUUUUACGUAUGAAGGGAUCUUCUGAUCUAAGUCACAUUCAAAUCAUCAAAAAGGCUGGUGGAAAGUUGAGCGAUUCAUAUCUCGAUGAAGGUUUUAUUUUGGACAAGAAAAUCGGAGUCAAUCAACCUAAACGAUUAGAGAAGGCUAAGAUUCUUGUUGCAAAUACCGCCAUGGACACAGAUAAGAUCAAGAUUUUCGGUGCUCGAGUGAAGGUUGGGUCCACCGGAAAAUUGGCUGAAUUAGAGAAAGCCGAGAAAGAUAAGAUGAAGGCAAAGGUAGACAAGAUCAAGGCACACGGUAUCAACUGUUUCAUCAACAGGCAACUCAUCUACAACUGGCCAGAACAACUCUUUUCGGAUGCCGGUAUCAUGUCCAUCGAACAUGCUGAUUUCGAUGGCAUUGAGAGAUUGGCUCUUGUUACUGGUGGUGAGAUCACAUCAACAUUCGAUCACCCAGACCAAGUCAAGCUCGGCCAAUGUGACUUGAUUGAGGAAGUGAUCAUUGGUGAAGAUACUCUCAUCAAAUUCUCCGGCGUUGCUGCUGGUCAAGCUUGUACGAUUGUACUAAGGGGAGCCACCGAGCAAUUACUUGACGAAGCAGAGAGAUCUCUUCAUGAUGCUCUUGCAGUCCUCUCACAGACUGUCAAGGAGCCAAGAACUACCCUUGGUGGAGGCUGUGCCGAGAUGUUGAUGGCCAAAGCUGUUGAAGUUGCCGCAGUCAAAGUAGACGGCAAGAAGCAAAUCGCUGUUGGUUCUUUUGCAGUAGCACUACGUCAAUUACCUACCAUUCUGGCCGACAAUGCCGGUUAUGAUUCAAGUGAUUUAGUGGCUAGACUCCGAACAGCCAUAUACGAUGGUAUGUCUACAUACGGACUGGAUCUUUUGACGCCAGGAGGUGGAAUCGCAGACAUGCGAGAGCUAGGAGUUAUUGAAAGUUACAAGUUAAAGAAGGCAGUAGUUUCAUCUGCUUCUGAGGCAGCAGAGGUCAGUACCACCAAUCCAACGUAUGCAUACAAUACUAACUCCAAGUAG